GACACCCUCUGUAGUCAGUACAAUAGUAGUACGUCGGUUGCACUUUUCUAUAACCUCGUUUCUGUACGGUGAAACGAGCGAUAUACGUAACAAAUAAACGAAAGUGAUAUAUGCAAAUCGUUACGUCUGGACAGAAGAAAUUGUACACAAAAUCGGAACGUGUCAUAAAAGCACUCAAACGUGCAAUCGCGUGUUCAAGGCUCGAAUAUACGUGUCUCGAUAAGCUCACGCUUCGGACUUACGACAACCUGUCUUUAGUCGUCAUUGGCAUUGCGUCAAUGUAACGGAGCUAUUUUAAUUUCGAAUUUCGGAUGACCCUGAUGUACCUGAUGCUAUCGAAUAUUUUAGACGCACUACGAGCUUACACUGGUAUUCCUACGACAUAGAUCAGAAUCUACGGGAUAGUGGCAAUUGAUUGUGGCGAAGAUGGGUGAUAUCAAGUACUAUGGGAAAAGAAGAAGUAUCGUGAGGAGGAUCGGUUCCUUUCUACCACUGAAGCCACCACCAAAAAUAUAUGUCAGCGUAACACCUUUACACUCCAUGACAAGUUCAAUGAUCAAUGAGGAUACUAGUAACAAUUAUACAAAUACUAAUGGAUAUGGUCCUGUAAGGCUUUCUGGCAGCAGACCAGAUCUAUUAGAACCAAUUAGUUUUGGAUCUGAAGUACGAUUGCUUGCUCUAGAGCAAGAGUUGCAAGAACUUAGGGAACAAAUCUCAACUAUUGUAAAAAACAACAAAAUGUCCAAACAUGCGUCUAUUGUAUCUCUGCCCAAUGGAGCAGAUGAUGGUGAAUCCUUGCCAGUACCACCACCUCUGCCACCCCCACUUCCACCACCACCAACAACACCGCAUAUUGCAAGAAGGGCUAGCUUGCAAGAUCAUAAAAUUGAAGAUCGCAGAAAGACUACAAUAAAUGUACAGAAAUCAAUGGGCAAUAUGCUGAGUGAUAUUGACAAUGUAAAAUUAAGGCCAAUUGCAAGAUCCCCAGGUGGACAUCCUAUACGAGUGAAGCGUGAAAAUAGCCCAUGCAAUGAUUUGCAAGAAAUCUUACGAAGACGUUAUGUCGCGAUGCAAUCUCCCGACAGCAGAAAUUCAUCAACGGCCAACCUAGCUAUGGAUGACUCAUUUUAAGCGUUGUACACGAGACACGCUCCAAUAACAUUUACACGAAAUUUAGGACUUUUACAAGUAUAAAAAGUGUCGCGCGACGUACGCAAUACCAUUGCGUUUGAAUUUUCAUUUGCACUUUGCAUUAGCUAAAGCCUACAAUAAGGGAAUCUUAAGCCAAAGAUCAGUUCACUGCACCGAGGUGACAUCACUCAGGUAGAAUCUUUCCCUUGAGAAAGAAAUCAUGAUAUCAAAGCUUUGUCUUUUUGCUGAUGCUGACUUAAAGAAGGCCAUUUUAGUUUGUUACGACUGAAGCGAUUACUCUAGUUUCGCAGGUAAAGCUAUUGCGAUAUCAUAGUCUUGCAAUGGCUCUUCCUGCAGGAUCCAGCCAUAUGAAUUAUAUUGUACGACAUAGAUAUAUAUCAUUUUUAUGGCGACCCGUCACGAGAUAGAUAAAUACGUAGAGUAUACGAUUACUGCUACUGUUUAUAUAUUAUUGACGUAAAUGGGAAAUUUUAGUCGAUCAUGUGUAAGAAAAAUAGAUUCUAGUUUACACGUAUUAGAAUGAAAUCUGUACCGCAACAACUUCCUAAGAAACUUUAAAUUCGUUACAUUUGAAUAUGUAAAACUUGCUUCUCUUAAAUUUUAAGCAUUGACAUGAAUUUUGUAACUCUCUCUCUCUCUCUCUCUCUGUGUGCCGAGGCAGUAUUUAUUUCGAUUAUUAUAUCAAAUCAAG